AUGCCACGACGUCCGGCGAUCGCGUGGUCGACGGUAACGGUACACCUGACUCGUUCUCACAAGCUCAACGACAAGGACCACGCCGGCCUGGCCAAUGGCACUGCUGCUCCUGAGGAGCAUCUGCCUCGCUACUUCGCAAAGCAUGGUCACGUUGGUGAGGAUCCCAAGAAGGUCAAGAAGAGUGGCGGAGGAAAAGGCAACUGGGGAAACCCUGGUGAUGAGGUCCUUGACGACCAGUUCAACUUCUCCAACGCCCGCCGUCGAUCCAACUCGUCCGGCUAUGCCAACAACCUCCAGGACUUCAAGACCAAGUUCGAGUUCAACGAGCCCGAGCCCGUCUUUGAGGAGUCGGUCCACGGAGCUGAGGACCCAGAGCUCACAAAGACCGACACUGCCUCCACCGCCUCCACCGAGCACUCUGCCAAGAGUGCCUAA